CUAAAGUUGACUUUCCUGACAGCUACAAAAAUACAAAUCAUUCUCUCUUGUAAAACUUGUGAAAUCAGAAGUUAUUUUCUAAAUUAUUAAAGUAUGGCCGGAAUAAACGAAGUUGCUGCUUUAUACAAAUCCCUCAGACAAGAAUGGGGUGUAGCAAAGCCAAAUCUAAGCAAAUGUGAAAAACUUCUCGCCGAUUUAAAGUUGGGAUUAACUAAUCUCAUCUUUUUGCCAACAUCUAACUCGGUAGCAUCCAAACAAGAGUUAAUCCUGGCUAGAGAUGCACUGGAAAUUGGUGUACAAUGGAGUAUUGAAGCAAAGGACAUUCAGUCCUUUGAAAGAUACAUGGCACAAUUAAAAUGUUAUUACUUUGACUACCAAGCAUCCAUCACUGAAUCCGAGUUUAAAUAUCAACUGCUGGGACUAAACUUGUUAUUCCUGCUGUCUCAAAAUCGCGUUGCUGAAUUCCACACUGAAUUGGAACUGCUUCCAGCUGACAUCAUCCAGCAGAACAUUUACAUUAGACAUCCAUUGUCCAUUGAGCAGUUCCUCAUGGAAGGUAGUUAUAAUAAGAUAUUUUUGGCCAAAGGAAAUGUCCCUGCUAGGAAUUACAAUUUUUUCAUGGAUAUUCUCUUGAAUACAAUCAGAGCUGAAAUUGCUGCUUGUGUUGAGAAAGCUUAUGAGAGAAUAUCUCUGAAAAAUGCAGCUAGAAUGUUGUAUUUGCCUAAAAUGGAUGAAGCAAAAGAGUUUGGAGAGAGGGUUAUGAAAUGGAAGCUCACCAACAAUGUCUUCAUAUUCACACCUGAGGUGCAGAAGAGUGAUGAUUCCAUUCCUUCACAGGAACUUGCAGAACAAGCAAUUGAUUAUGCUAGGGAACUAGAGAUGAUUGUUUAGGUCAAUCAUAGAAGAUUAUAAGUCAUCUUUAAGGUCACAACAUAAUAAGUUUUUUCUUACAUUUAUUCUUAUGUCAUAUGUGUAAUUCUCAACAUGAAAGAAAAUAGGUUUAACAUUUA